AAUGCCACCAGAUGGCGGCUUAGGAUUGCUGCUCUUCUGAAAGGCGCGGUUCCACUCGCGGUCCAAUUUGCAAUAAAAAAUCUAUAUAGUUUUAAAAACAUUUUCGAGCUUUUAAUUUCGGAAAGUUGCAAACGGUGUCGCAAUGGACGGCAAAGACUGAGGGGUAUGACCGCGGGGACGUGCUAGGCCGCCAGAACACUGAGUCCUUCCUGAAACCCUCACCCGAGUUUGGCAAAGACCGGCCGAGCUCGUCGGCGCCCUCCGGGGGAAGGAUAACCCCCAGCCACACACCGCUGCUGUCCGCAAGGGGAAGGAGAUCGCCAAGAUCGCCGCAGACAUGAUUACCUCAGAGCUGCCAGUCCUACAGGACCCCAGCAACGAGUCGGGCGGGGCCGAGACGGUCAGCCUGAGCGUGAGCGUGAGCGAGCUGGAGGACAGCGGAGAGCUCAAGGGAAAGAAGAAGAGGGGCCGACCUGGGAGGCCGCCGACAGCCAAUAAGAAGCCUCGGAAGAUGCCUGCGGAGAAGACCCAGAUGGGGGCCCCCCGGGGGCGGAAGGCCAAUGGAGUCGCCCAGCAGAACGGGGAGGGGGAUCCUGUCACCCUGUUUGAGGUGGUCAAACUGGGCAAGAGUGCCAUGCAGUCUGUUGUGGACGACUGGAUUGAGUCCUACAAGCAGGACCGAGACAUAGCGCUUCUGGACCUGAUCAACUUCUUCAUUCAGUGCUCCGGCUGUAAAGGCACUGUAAGGAUCGAGAUGUUUCGCAACAUGCAGAAUGCUGAGAUAAUCCGAAAAAUGACAGAGGAGUUUGAUGAGGACAGCGGUGAUUACCCCCUCACCAUGCCGGGCCCCCAGUGGAAGAAGUUCCGCUACAACUUCUGCGAGUUCAUCGGGGUUCUGAUCCGGCAGUGCCAGUACAGCAUCAUCUACGACGAGUACAUGAUGGACACGGUCAUCUCGCUGCUCACCGGCCUCUCCGACUCGCAGGUCCGAGCCUUCCGGCACACCAGCACGCUGGCAGCCAUGAAGCUGAUGACGGCGCUGGUGAACGUGGCGCUGAAUCUCAGCAUCCACCAGGACAACACGCAGCGGCAGUACGAGGCCGAGAGGAACAAGAUGGUCGGCAAGAGGGCCAACGAGAAGCUGGAGCUGCUGCUGCAGAAGAGGAAGGAGCUCCAAGAGAACCAGGACGAAAUCGAAAACAUGAUGAACUCGAUCUUCAAGGGGAUUUUCGUCCACCGGUACAGGGACGCGAUCGCGGAAAUCCGCGCCAUCUGCAUCGAGGAGAUCGGCGUGUGGAUGAAGAUGUACAGCGACGCCUUCCUGAACGACAGCUACCUGAAGUACGUCGGCUGGACCUUGCAUGACCGGCAAGGUGAAGUCCGGUUGAAGUGUCUGAAAGCUCUUCAGAACCUGUACACAAACAGAGAGCUCUUUCCAAAACUGGAGCUCUUCACCAACCGCUUCAAGGAUCGUAUUGUGUCGAUGACCCUGGAUAAGGAGUACGAUGUAGCGGUGGAGGCUAUCAGACUGGUGACACUAAUCCUGCAGGGCAGCGAGGACGCCCUCUCCAACGAGGACUGCGAGAACGUCUACCACCUGGUGUACUCCGCCCACCGGCCCGUCGCCGUGGCGGCGGGGGAGUUCCUGCAUCGGAAGCUGUUCAGCAGGCACGACCCCCAGGCGGAGGAGGCCCUGGCCAAACGCAGGGGGAGGAACAGCCCCAACGGCAACCUCAUCAGGAUGCUGGUGCUCUUCUUCCUGGAGAGCGAGCUCCACGAGCACGCGGCCUACCUGGUGGACAGCCUGUGGGAGAGCUCCCAGGAGCUGCUGAAGGACUGGGAGUGCAUGACUGAGCUGCUGCUAGAGGAGCCUGUGCAGGGAGAGGAAGUGCUCUCAGACAGGCAGGAGAGCGCGCUGAUCGAGCUGACCGUGUGCACCAUCCGGCAGGCGGCCGAGGCGCACCCCCCUGUGGGCAGGGGGACGGGAAAGAAGGUCCUAACAGCCAAGGAGAGGAAGACUCAGAUCGACGACAAGAACAAGCUGACAGAGCACUUCAUCAUGGCCCUGCCCAUGCUGCUCUCCAAGUACCAGGCAGACUCCGAGAAGGUGGCCAACCUCCUUCAGAUCCCCCAGUUUUUCGACCUGGACGUGUACAGCGCCGGGAGGAUGGAGAAGCACCUGGACGCCCUGCUGAAGCAGAUCAAGCUGGUGGUGGAGAAGCACACGGAGACGGAGGUGCUGGAGGCCUGCAGCCGCACCUACAGCAUCCUGUGCAGCGAGGAGUACACCAUCAUGAACCGCGUGGACAUCGCCCGCAGCCAGCUCAUCGACGAGAUGGUGGACCGCUUCGGCCACUCCGUCGAGGACCUGCUGCAGGAGGGCGAGGAGGCGGACGAUGACGACAUCUACAACGUGCUCUCCACCCUGAAGAGGCUCACCGCGUUCCACAACGCGCAUGACCUGACGAGGUGGGAUCUGUUCGGAAACUGCUACAGGUUACUGAAGACGGGGAUCGAGCAGGGCUCCAUGCCCGAGCAGAUUGCAGUACAGGCGCUUCAGUGUUCACACUAUUCCAUCCUGUGGCAGCUGGUGAAGAUUACUGAGGGUUCUCCAUCUAAGGACGACCUCAUCGCACUCCGCAGGGUGGUCAAGUCCUUCCUCGCAGUCUGUCAGCAGUGCCUAUCCAAUGUCAACACCCCUGUCAAGGAGCAGGCCUUCAUACUGCUGUGUGACCUCCUGAUGAUCUUCAGCCACCAGCUGACCACGGGGGGCCGCGAGGGGCUGCAGCCGCUGGUGUUUAACCCCGACGCGGGGCUGCAGAACGAGCUGCUCAGCUUCGUCCUGGACCACGUCUUCAUCGAUCAGGACGAGGAGAACCAGAGCAUGGAGGGCGACGAGGAGGACGAGGCGAAUAAGAUCGAGGCCUUACACAAGAGGAGGAACCUGCUGGCGGCCUUCAGCAAGCUCAUCAUCUACGACAUCGUGGACAUGCCCGCCGCCGCCGACAUCUUCAAGCACUACAUGAAGUACUACAACGAUUAUGGUGACAUCAUCAAGGAGACACUGAGCAAGACGCGACAGACGGACAAGAUCCAGUGCGCCAAGACACUGAUCCUCAGUCUGCAGCAGCUGUUCAACGAGCUCUUGCAGGACCAGGGGCCCAACCUGGACAGGACCUCGUCCCACGUGAGCGGCAUCAAGGAGCUGGCGCGCCGCUUCGCCCUCACCUUCGGCCUGGACCAGAUCAAGACCCGGGAGGCGGUGGCCACGCUGCACAAGGAUGGAAUCGAGUUUGCCUUCAAAUACCAGAACCCCAAGGGGGUGGAGUACCCGCCUCCCAACCUGGCCUUCCUGGAGGUGCUCAGCGAGUUCUCCUCCAAGCUGCUGCGCCAGGAUAAGAAGACAGUCCACUCGUACCUGGAGAAGUUCAUGACGGAGCAGAUGAUGGAGCGGCGUGAGGACGUGUGGCUGCCGCUCAUCUCCUACAGGAACUCCCUGCUGACAGGCGGCGACGAGGACCGGCUGUCCGUCACCAGCGGCAGCAGCAGCAGCAAGGCCGGCUCGGUGCGCAGCAAGAAGGGCCGGCCGCCCCUGCACAAGAAGAGGAUAGAUGCCGAGGAGAGCGUGGAGGGGUCCUGGCUGAUGAGGAACGACACGCUUCAGACCCCCGGGGCCCUGCAGACCCCCCAGCUCACCUCCACCGUCCUGAGGGAGAACCCCCGGCAGGCGGCCGAGCACAUCCCCGACCAGGACUCCGAGCCCAGCUCCGAAUCCGACUACGUCCACAAUCCCCAGAUGCAGAUGUCCUGGCUGGGCCAGCAGAAGCUGGAGGAGGUGAACCGGAAGGACCGGACGGGCAUGAACUACAUGAAGGCCCGCAGCGGAGGGGUGCGGCAGACCGUCCGAGGGCUCAUGGAGGAUGACGCGGAGCCCAUCUUUGAGGACGUGAUGAUGUCGUCCCGCGGCCAGCUGGAGGACAUGAACGAGGAGUUCGAGGACACCAUCGUCAUCGACCUGCCACCAUCCAGGAACAGACGAGAGAGGGCUGAGCUGAGACCGGAUUUCUUUGACUCCGCAGCCAUGAUAGAGGACGAAUCAGGAUUCACCAUGCCUAUGUUCUGAGAAGCCAUGGUGAUGAAGCACUGGCUGAAAAAAGAAAAAGAAAAACAGGAACAGGAGUUCGUUCGGAGCAAGGGGCCUUCUAACUGUGAUUGCUUGUGAAACACAUUAGGGAAAAAAAUUGACUAUUUUUGGGACACACACACAAACAAACAAAAAAAAAAAAAAAAACACGGGAGGAAGCCGUCAGGUGGUCGUCGAUCCGGUUACAGGUAGAGGAAAUCGUUGCCCUUGUAGAGCCCAGCGGCUUUGCGGCUCCAUCCCCAACACCCACCCGUGUCCUGUGACCAGGGGAGGAUACCAGCACCGCUCCAGAAACAGACUCCGCGGCACAUCCUCAAGGAUCGAUUUUAAUCUUUACAUUUCUACUACAGACAAGUUGUACAUUUAAAAGGAAAAAAAAAAAGACGAGACAAAGCAAAAAUCGUGGUUUUAACAGUUACCAUUUUUAAAAACAAAAAAAAAAAAAACUCAUGCCUAUUAGCCUUGCUACAGUUCGUUGGUUGAUUCACACUGGAUUUGGUUAACAUUGUGGUUCACUUUUAUUCACCAGGGAAAUAUUGUUCCAGGUUCUGCCAUCGCGUAUUUUUAAGAUUUACAUUUAUUUGUUAGCUCCUCAUUGGCUGGCUAGGUCUCUAACACCAUACGGUUAAUUAGGUUGGUGUGGUGUUCUGGUUUUGUGUCUUGGAAUUACAUGAAAGAGAAUGUCAGUGUGGUGUACAUUGGUACACAGGAACACAACCAUUUAGUCAUUGACACUUCAGUGCCCAGCCCCGUAUUGCUAAAGAAAUGUAAUAUUGUGGUGUUUAGUGAUUAAUGCAUAAAGGAAUAUUGUUAAGGUUUAAGGUAACACAAGUUGCUUUUUCCUCAUUGCAUACAGUGCGUAUUUGCCUCUCAUUGGUCCAGACGUAUCACAUGAUCGUGUCUGUGUUAAGCAGCACUGAGGCACUACAGCAUCCUGACACUUUGUUUUGAACUCAACGGUUUCCUGGCAACAGGGAUUCUUGUCCCCCCUGCAUACCAGUAUACAGUCUAGGUCUUAUCUUAAACCGUGUACAGAUCAAAGCUAGGGUCUUGAGUGUUUUCCAGUCAGCCACACACAUAUGCAUACACACACACAGACACACACACACACACACACACA